GACCACGUCAGGUUACCUCAGGUCGCGUUUCCGAGAGCUGCCUGACACCUCUCGGGGCUGCGGCGGGGCGGGGGCUGCAGGGGAAACGGGGACCUCUUUUAAAAGAUAAAACAGUCGCUUUCAGGAGGUGCUGUUGGCAUUAACCGUGGUGAAGGGCCCUCGGUCAGGAAAGGAAAAAAAAAAAGAAACAAAAAACAAACGCAAAACCAGGAGGAGAAGAUGGAGGGAGAGGAGGAUGACAUGACAUGUGGAGACUUGGGAAACGGCCUUGGGAGAAGACCUGGAGGUGUUUAUGAAGGGGAAAACUUACAAAAUCCCUGUUCAAUUGGAUCCAGGAAAGGAUCUGGAAAGGCUUGUAAUUCCCUCUUGUCAGCAAAGGGAGCGGAAGAAAAUGAUGCUGCAGCUCUUCCUGGUCCAAAACGAAAUAGUUUUUACGAUGGAUCACUCAGAAAACCUGCUGCGAGUUCCACACGGCAGAACAGCUGUGAAUCUAAUACUGAAAUGUCAAAUGAAGAACUAAAGCAACGAUUUCAGGAAGCUCUAGAGGAAGUUGAAAUUUUGAAAGUUGAGCUUGAAGCGCAUCAAAGGCAGCUUGAAGGAAAAGAUGAAGCCCUGAGAAUCCUGCAGAGCAUGGCAGUAUUUAAUAAAGCCACUAGUCAUACAAAAGAAAUGCUUCAAAAAACGGAGGAAGAAAAGAGGACUUUAGAGAAGGAAAUAAAUAUUUUGCAGUGGGAAAUUGAAUUUGAUCAGGAUAGAUUUAAAAACAUAGAAGACACGUGGACAGAAAAAUACGACAGGAUAUACUGUGAAAAUGCAGCUUUUAAAGAAGCAUUGAAACUGAGGACAGAAGAAGUUAAAACACUUAAAGCUGAAAAUGCAAUCCUGAAUCAGCAGUGCUUGGAAUUCCUUGCAAUGCUCGAUGUAAAACAACAGAAAGUUGUUCAGGAGAACAUGUUGUUGAAUAAAAGUGACAUUACUGAUUUUACAGGUCUUGAACUGGCGGUGCUCGGGGCCUGCACCUGCAGCAGCUCUGAGGGGCAGCCUUGCCCCUGUGCCAAGGUGGCAGCUCUCACUCGGAAGCAGCUCCUUCAUCUCAAGCGAGAGACUGAAAAUCUGAAGAAGAGUAAGGAUGAAGCGUUUCUCGUGGCAGAUGCCUUCAGAAUUGCCUUUGAGCAGCAGCUGAUGCAGAGGAAGGACCAAGCCCUGAGACUUGCAGAAGGGAUAAAGAUGAAGAAGGAAACUAAAUUUGCGAACUGGAGGCGUCUGAGGGGCACUGAGUGUCUCAAGUUACAAGGCCACAAGAACAAUCUGGGUCAAAAGCUGUCCAGUCUGCUCUCCUCGCGUGGGGACUGCAGAAGGGUGGAGGAACUGGACAACCCCAACGAGAUCCUGAAGAUGCUGAUAGAUUUGGUGAACGACAAGGAGGAGGCCCUGGCCCACCAGAGGAAGGUCAGCUACAUGUUGGCCCGUGCCCUGGAGGCGAAGGAGGCUGUUUUGGGAUGGGGUGAAGGGAGGGGGUUGUUGGGCCCCGCUCACGCCCAUGGCCACAGCCCCCCUGCCCGGAACAGCGUCUCCUCAGCUCCCAGCACGGACACCCACAGACAUCCUGCGAAACCCCUGCAGAAGUCACUCUCCUGGCCCUUGGGCAGGGCAGGGGGGCCCCUCUGUAGCCUCAUGCGGGACCCACUGGGUUUGUGAAAAAGAAACACUUUGUGGAAGCGCCAGAAGCCACCCUGUGAUUCCGUCAGUGUGAGGGUGUGAUGGCCGAGGCCGUGAGGGCCUGGAGACCAUCGCGGUGCUGAGAGGGGCAGGGUGGGCCAAUGUAAGGGUGAUUGAAAACUGGACGGAGUGUUUGUGGGCUGACCGAGCCCUUCCCUGGCCCCGCAUUACCUGGUGACAGCAUGAGAGAGGUGUCACCAUGGCGGGGGAGGGAUGUGGUGUCAUGGGAGGGGAUGUGGUGUCACGAGAACCAGCAGGUUUGACAGAGCAAGAGGGAUAUUUUUGGGAGCUCCCUGAACUCACAGAGUCAGGUUUAGAGAGGAGACGUUGUUUCUUCUGCAGGGGGUGGAAGGUGGACGCUUCCACAAAUCCAGCACACCGACUGUCUAAAGCUGUCACUGUUUAUACACUUCAGCAAACAAAGGUGUUAAUGUCCAUUG